AUGAUCGAGUCGGAAGUUGCCGAGAUGCUCAUGAGUCUAUCGGCGCCGGACGAGCGCAAAUUCGUCGACAAUCCGCUGUACGCAGCCGAGCCGCCGUCGUCCUGGCAGGCAGGGAAGAAGCGGGCGUUCGCGGCCUUUGACGCUGGUGCAGCCGCGUCGCUGCCGUCGUCGAGCUUCUUGCAUCCGCGGGCCGAGUGCUUUAGCUCGCCCAUGUCGCUCCUGCAGCUCCGGAUCCAAGGACGUCCCCUCACGUCCAUGAUCCCUGGACGGGAAGACGUCGACAGCAUCAGCAACAGCAGCAGCAGCAGUGACGUGGACAUGGACUCGAGCCAAACGAGCGACGACGCUCUCACGUGGUCAUCCCCCUACCGCUCGUCUUUUGACGGCCUCGUAGCGGCUGCCGUCUCGAACCAAGACGACGCCGACAGCUACUUGUCGUCCAACAGUCGACCCAUCUUGAUCCCGAACCGCAGCAGCCAUCUCAACAGUAGCAGCAGUAGCAGCUUGAUGCGGUAUCGUGACCCCUCGCACGGCAAGAAGCACAAGGUCAGCAGCUUGUCGCGUGUGCAGGAGGACAAGUCGUUUCUCGGUCGAGACUGUAGUCCUACGGGCGUCGAGGAAGACGGCGCGUGGUACGACAGUGACUACAAGCAGCGCGUGCGUCUCGCCUCCGUGUGCUCAUCCGAAGGGAGCGAGUACGGCGGUCUUGGCCGGAAGCACUUGGAGGAGUUCAUCCGCAUGGAGAUCUCGGCGGCCAAUGACAGUGAGCAGCACAGAGAAGCCCUGGGUGACGGCAAGUUUGUUGGGAGCUACUCACCGGAAGCUCGGAGAAAGCGCAUUGAGCGGUUUCUAGAGAAGCGCAAACACCGCGUGUGGGCCAAGAAGGUCGACUAUGACGUGCGGAAGAAUUUUGCCAACUCGCGCUUGCGCGUCAAGGGUCGCUUCGUGAAAAAAGAGGACGAGGAGCUGCUGUGUCAACUGCUGAGCUACACGUGA